GCUCGUAUUCACUGUCAACACACACAAUGACCGCGCCAAGUGGAAGGUGAACACCAUCUCCUGAGAUGGUGUCCUCCUUGUGACGGUGGAUGGCAGCAGUGUUUUAUAUAUGGGAAAACUAGCGGUGCAACCUGAGUGCAAAGAGUGCUGUUCCUCUACCUGAUUUAUUUUAUUCCUGAGAAAGCAGAUGGUACAAGCCAACUUGCAAGACUUAAUUACAGUAUGUGAUUACUGAGCUACUCUACACUCAGGUGAAUCUCUCUGCCACCAGUAAGAUGUACAAUGCAGGGUAUAGUCUGGGAAGGACUGAUAAUUGAUAGAUUGAACCCGCCAAGAGCUUACCUUGUUUCUUAGUCAUGAUCUAAGAGACUCUAUUGGUGAGGGAUCAGCAGCAACCAAAGUAAGAAAUAUUACCAGCAAGAUGAGCGAGAUAACAAGAUUGGAACGUGAGAAACGUCGUGCAGAAAGCAAGGAGAACCUAAGUGAAGUUGCCAUUCUUUCAAACCUUCUUGGUAAGGAGUUACAACAAGCCGGAGAUUAUGAGGGAGCAUUACUUCAGUACAGAGAGGAAAAAGCUUUACAUGAGGCUCUAGGCAAUACCAUUGGAGUAGCAGUGUCUCACCGUUGGCUCGGCGAAGUGUAUUGUGAAAUGGGACAAUGGAAUAAAGCUCUCCAACAUCAACAACGUCAUUUAUCACUUGCAAAGGAGGUCGGGAGUUUAGUAGAAGAGCAGCGUGCAUAUGCCACAAUUGGACGCACUCAUUUACAGAAAGCCGAGACAUGUGGAAAUAAUGACCAAGAGAAAGAGCAGGCUGCAGCUCUAUUAGAGGCCGAGAAAAGUUUCUUGCGAUCACUCCUGACGUGUGAGCAUCUUAAAGGGAAUGUAGAUUCCCAGGAGCAUAGUCAAAUGCGUUGUCGACUUUAUUUAAAUUUAGGAUUGGUUUUAGAUAAUCGAGGAAAUGCCAAGAAAGCAAAAGACUUCAUUGGUCAGGCUUUAGAGCUUUGUUCCAGCCAUAACCUUGAUGAAGAUGCCCAGAGGUGUCAUUUUGCAUUGGGUUCCAUCCUCCUCCGAGAAGGUAUAUUAACAGAUGCACUUCAUGAAGGGCAAAAGUCUUUGGCUUUGUCAACAAAGAUUCGUAAUAAAGCUCUUCAGUGUGAGAAUUACUCAUUCUUAGCACACGUGUAUCUUGCUAACCAAGACUAUGAAUCAGCAAAACGAUGUUUUUAUAAAGCCUACAAAUUAAAACAUCCAGACUUGGAAGACAGAAAACGGAUUGAAAAUAACUUGAAAACUCUGGUAACUAUGUGCACAGCUGAUGAUAGUUUGCUUAUUCUUGGAGAAACUGAUGGAGAUGAAAAAUUAAAACUGUAUGAGAAACUAGGUGAUGGAUCAGCACUUCUUGGUCUCUACUCCCAAGCUGUGGAAUACUACCAGAAAAUGUUGGAUUUAGCUGUGAAACUAGGUAAAGACCCUUCAUUCCUGGUUCCUAUAUAUUUAUCUUUAGGACGAACAUAUUUUGAUAAUAAGCAGUACAAAGAAGCUAAAGAGUUCUAUUUGAAAGAAAAUGAUAGCCUGGUUAGUGACAAUUAUAGUGAAGCUUGCAAAUCUCUGAUCAAUAUAGCUGUCACAUCUGAGGAACUAGGGGAAAAUUUUGAGACAAUUAGUGUAACAUACCAGCAGGCUAGAGAAUUGGCAGUAAAAGCCAACAGUCCCAAACUUGAGACCUAUGUUUUGCGUCUACAUUCAUCGGUCAAGGACCUCCCAGAGUUAGUGAAAGUGAGCCUUAUUAAAGAUAUGAAUAGACUUAUAGAAGAAAAUGAUCUUGAACCAGAAGUGGAGUUGAGUGAAGAGGAGACUGAGAGUGAAGAUGAAGUUGAUCUAGACUUGGUUUGCUUCUCUGACAGUGAUGCCGAGCAGGAGAAUUUUGAUAGGCCACGGCAGUCACGGCAGAAGUCAUUUGCUGUUAGGAGAAAUGAGAAAGGGGAAACACCAUUGCACAAAGCCUGUAUAGAUGGUAACCUCAUUAUGGUGAAAAAACUAAUAAAACAAGGUCAUCCAUUGAACCCAAGAGACAAUUGUGGUUGGCUUCCUCUUCAUGAAGCUGCUAAUCAUGGUUUCUAUGAUAUUGUUCUUGAACUGAUAGAAGCUGGUGCUUGGAUCAGUGACCGUGGAGGUAAACAGUGUGAUGGCAUUACUCCUCUCCAUGAUGCUGCAGCUUGUGGUAAUUUUGAAGUUGUAAGAUUAUUGAUAAGCAAAGGGGCAUCAGUCAUAGCCAAGACUGAUGAAGGUGACACGCCCCUUGAGAGUCUCGUCAAAUACAGGAUGAGAACAAAAUUGUCACAGAGGGAAAAAGAAGAAUGUAUUCUUUUGGAGACGGAAAUUAAGGACCGAAGAUGCCUAGCUGGGCAUAAAAUAUCAGAAUUGCACGAAGAAUCCACCAUAACUCAAGAUGAUAAAAAUGAAUGCUCUAAUUCACAGAGAAAAAAGAAUGGUGAGAAGAUAGACUCCUCAUAUUCCAGAAGUAAAUUGCAAAGAUCUGAAUCCUCUUAUUCAUGUAGAUCAAGAGGUUGGGGUGACACCUCUUUAAAUAGAAGUGGAAGAUUAAGAAGUAGAGGUGUUACUGAUAUUGAAGAGGAAAGUGAGGAUGAUGAAUUACCAAGUGCAUCACUUAAUUUAAUAGAGGAAAUGACUAUGCCAAUGGAUUCCUUAACCAGAGAGGAUGAUAUUGGCAAUGGUGAAGAUUCUGAGGAAUUUUUAAACCCACUGUUAGAAGAUUUAUACCAGGAAAAGUCGUCUGCCACCAAGACAUACCUAAGUGCAAUAGGCAGUGUAGGGAGUGCAACACGUAGAGCAGAGCUUCAAAAGAAUUCAUCAAGUGAAAGGGUGCUAAAAAAAGAUAAGAAAGUGGCCCUUGUAUUAGAAGAAGAUUAUGUUGAAGAUGAUUGGCUUGAAGAUGAUAUUGGCAUCUUUACUAAGAAGAGGAAAAGGACAGAAAAAUUUGAAUUUGAUUACAAAGAUUCCAAGAAAGAGAAAAGAAUUUCCCCUGACACUAAUUCUAGAAGGGAGUCUCUUUCUUUCUCCAAAAGGGUACGUCAGACAAAAUUAACACCAAUAGUCCAAAGGUAUUCAAACAGUGCAAAUGAGACUAGUAUGUUGGAUGUACUUGAGGAUCAGGCUGAAGUUGGGUUAACUAAAAAUGUAAGUACGUCAUCAGAGACAAAUGUCACUGUAAAUUCAAGAAGCAGGAAAGAUAAUGGGAGUCCAAGUAGCAUCAUCAGUGGGACUCCAGCUGUAGGAGGUGGUGCACUACGUUUAAGGGUUCGUGUGAAAGACCGUUUGUUGCUGGUGCCUGUGGCAAAUGCUGGCCAGGGUCGCACUGUGGGAUGGUUGGCAGAGGAGGUUACGCGUAGAUAUUAUCAGCUUGUUGGGUUGCGUCCCCAUCUCACUCUGACGACACAGGAUGGUGCUGUUCUUGAUCCCAGUGAUCCCAUAUCUCUUGUCUUUCCCACAGAACAAGCUGAACUACAGGCUCAAGUUAAAGGGUGGGAUCUUCCACCCUUGUCAGACCGCUACACCCAGGCCUGCCAAGCACUUGGUUGUAUUCCCAUACCAUCACUCAGCUCUGUUCUAAAUCAUACAGAGACUUCAACAACUCUAGAUUUGAGUCAUGUUAGGAGGUUGACAGUAUUGCAGUUGCACCCAGUACUAAGAGCUAUUCAGUAUCAACAGAAUUUACGCUCCCUCAGCAUUUGUAAUUGCCGACUUGGAGAUGAUGGUUUCCUUCAUUUACUGGAGGCCCUACCCUCUGUGCCUUCAUUAGAAAUUUUAAAUUUAAGAGCUUCAGGUAUUACCACGUCAAGUUUCCUUAAUUUCACUGAAGCCAUCACAACUGAUAAACUAUCACUAAAAAUACUCAGUUCUCUUGAUUUCAGUUACAACACCUUUUCUGGAGCUAAAGUGUCAAACAUCAGGUCAUUGUUCUCUUUACCAGUUCUAACUGCCUUAUCAUUAAAGAAUUGUUGUUUGUCUCUGUCAGGUGAGCAACAAUUGCCUUUAAUAACCUCUGUGAAUCUUAAAAGUUUAUCUUUAGAUUAUAAUACAAUAUGUGGCACUGCUUUAGCCUCCCUGUUGUCCUGUGUAGCUCAAGUCUCAGUAUUAACUUUGAGUGGAUUAAACUGCAAAACAAAUGAGCCAUCUGAAGGAAAUGCUAGUUUAGGUGCGGCCCUGUCAUGCAUUCUGGGUGCCGGGGAGGAGUGUCCGUUACAGCAUUUAGACUUGAGCUCUUGUAACUUAGUGAAUGCUGAUCUAGAAGACAUUUCAUCUUACUUGUACCGAUGUCCUUACUUGACCACUAUUAAUAUAGCUCAUAAUCCUGGCCUUACAUCUUUCUCUGUUAGUGCUCUUCUCAAUGAGCUCACUACAAACAUUAUCCUUCCACUUGCAACCCUCAGCCUUCAUGGUAAUAGAUCCGUUGCAUUUGAUUUGAAAAAUAAGAUUGUCUCUACACUGAAGCAUAAAGCUGCUACAAAAUAUGCAAUAACAAAACUUUCAUAUUCUUGUGUGGACAAUGACACAGAUAUACAAGACCUCUGGAGAUCCCAACAUCAACACAGAGCAUCUAUUUCAAGAAUUGGAAGUGAAGUGUUUCUUUCUUACAGUAACUAGUGAACUGAGUGUGUAUAUUACAAUAGAGCAACAGGGAAAUAUGACCAGUGAUAUGAUUUAUAAAUAUUUCAUUGUAUAAUCUGUUUUAAAAUAUCACAAAUUGCUUCUUCUUUUGUUAUUUAUACAGGAUAAACCUUUGUAUUAUAUAAAUACCUAUACUGUAUUGUACAUUAGUAUUAAGUCUUUUGUAAAUAUACAAGUUGGAAAAUAU